ACACCAUAUCACCAUCCAUCAUAUGUUUACUAUUCAAUUAAAUAAAUAAAAAAUACCAUUUGAGUGUAUUGUUGCCAUUGCUCAGGGAAGUCAGGUCAUAGGAUAAGCGUGACGACGGCCAGAAGGUGGGAGCUGUUGCCGAACGUGGCCAACGGGUUGCAGCACUGGCUUCACUGUGAGCCCGUCAGACAAACACAACCAACACAGCCAACAUGGCGGAUUGGGACGCUGAAACCUUUGAUCUGGAGGAGCCGAUUAAAAAGGCGGCAGCGAUGGACAAAUGGGAAGGGGAAGACGAAGAAGACGAGGUUAAGGACAACUGGGAUGAUGAGGAUGAAGACGGCGAGAAAAAGGCAGAGAUGAAAAAGCCAGAGACAAAAGUUUCUGAGAAAAAAAAGUUGAGUGAGAAGAUCAAAGAGAAAGAGAACCGGUUAAAGAAAAAACAACAGGAGCUGAAAAAUGUGUUGGAGGAAGAGAAAGAAGAGCUCAGUCCUGAAGAACAACUUGCAGAGAAAAUAAGAGUGAAGGAAUUACAAGAAGCUGCAGACUUGGAGCUAGCAAAAGAUGCCUUUGGUGUCAGCAGCAAUUCAAACAUUGUCACUGGGAUUGACGCCAUGAAUCCAUCUUCUAAAGAAGACUUCACAGAGUUUGAGAAAUUGCUGAAAGAAAAGAUAUCCCACUUUGAAAAAUCUGUGCAUUAUUCAAGUUUCUUGGAUUCAUUGUUUCGGGAACUCUGUAUUUCAUUGGAAGUAGAGGACUUGAAGAAAGUCAGUAAUUCCCUGACAGCCCUACUAAGUGAAAAACAGAAACAAGAAAAACAAAACAAAGGAAAGAAGAAGAAGAAAGGGGUCGUACCUGGAGGUGGAUUCAAAGCACAGCUGAGGGAUGACCUUGACUAUGCAGAGUUUGAUGGUGGCUAUGCCCAAGACUAUGAGGAUUUCAUGUGACACUGGCUCCAUCACCACUGCCAUUUUCCCCUCCCAACCCUCAGAAAUGCAGCUGUACCUUCUCAUGCUGUCCAGUGCCAUCCUGGAAAAAUCUGAACUAUGUGUUGCCCCCUUCAUUUUGCUUCAAUGACCAGAAAGACUUUACCAGGGAGCAUCCAGUCUCAACAACUCUUUAUGUUCAUACAUAUGGAAUUGCCUUUUCUCUGUAUCAUUCAGCCUCGAUUCUCACACACAUUAUCUGUUGGGUGACCCAGCUUCAAAAGAGAAUACAUUGCAACUGUUGUUGUCUGAGUUUUGCAGGGCUUAUUUUUUAUUAAGUGUUGCUCCUGUCAAAAUGGCAGACACAGUAUUGCAGUUAAAGUAAAGUGACAUAGAAACACACGGUUCUAUGCAAAUUAUUUAACCAUAUGGUCAUGUAUAUUGUUCUCGCUUACCUGUCGAUAGUUAUCUUACAGGAAAGUAUAUAGUAUCUAUAACUUUGAUUGCCAUAUUCAGAACAAUUCUUUAAAUCUUUAUCUCUGGAAAAGUUGCAUUCUUGGUGAUUUUGAGACAAACACCACAUGUAAGAAAGUAAUUUUACAGAGAGCACAUGACAUUCACUGUAAGAUAAAAAAAAAAAAGGGAUGGUCAAGAAUAAUACAUGUACAACCUCACAGCCAUUCUCUUGAGAUGUCUGGAAUAUCCUUGAAAAUAUGGAGCAAAGAGUACUUAUGGAAAUUAUAGGUAUUUUUUGUGCAUGACUAAUGAAAUUUACUAAUUUGAUUUCUACUAAUGCAGAAAAUGUAUGGAUCAGACAAGUGGGUUAACUUGCUACAACUGGUCUCCUAAUCAUUGCUUCUGCAGGCUUGUAUCAAGUGUGAUGAGGAGCGGGGGCUUAUGGGCCUUACCCCACCAUGUCUUCAUAUGGGCUACAGUUAGUUGAAAGGGGCUUAUUUCUCCUUUUCUUUAUGAGCAAUUGACCAGUUUCAAUGUUACAUUUACAGUUGGAUACACACAAUGUGGAAGAUACGGCAUCUGCAGUGUUUUAUAAGCAUCUAAUUUAAUAAAUCACUGGUCAAAUGGA